AUGAAACUAAUCAGGGACGACAUCUAUGAGGACAUAGAUAUUCGGGACCUCGGAAUCGAGCAACAAGCCGUGGAACCGGAGUUACCUCGCGGCAUUUAUUGCGACAUCUCCGACGAUGAAGUGGACGAGGAUGCGAUCGGCAGUCACACACCCGUUCCCGGCUUUAUUCAAGCGAAGAGCGACAGAGGUCUACCUUUGCAUACCCGACACCGAAACUAUCCGCUGGGCUACCUCAUGACUGAAAGAUACAAACUAAAGGAUUGCCUCAUCGUCAAAUACCCAGCAUACAGACUGUACAUGUAUGAAUCAUCGGACAAUACAUCGAAAAUGGCGAUAUACCGUACCAAAGUCCAGCCUGGAGGGGAGGGUAUCAUCGUGAAGGAAGAUGGAAAGCCGUUCAAUGAGGGUCUAAAUCCGAUCUGGAAUCUGAAAGGGUUAGAGUUUCGACGUGCAAAGAACUGGAAGGAAGUAGAAGUCUUACUCCCCCAUGGUAAACCCGAUUAUUGCCUCGAAAAGGCGUUCAACGGGGCUCUCGGCUGUUCUGAGCAUGUCAAUCAGAUGCUCAAGGCCAGGAAGCUGAGAGGUAUUUGGUUUGAGCUGCGCCGGGAGAGUAGGCGCUAG